AUGCUAGUAACCCAAUCGUACAAUUAUUUGAAGGAACUGUCACAUUUUAUUCUCCAGUUAGGGAUAUUAUUUGUUUUAAAGAUAAUAAACAAGAUUAUUGUUUAGUUAAUAGCAUUGAGAAUAUUCUAGCUAUUAUCAAUACAAUUAUUAAUUUCUUUAAUGCAAAUCCUGAAGCAUAUGACAUAUUGGCUAAAGCAGCUAAUAUUGGAGAGCAAGACAUGGAAUUAAUAGAAAAAUUUCUUGCUGUCAAGUGUGGACAACAAUUCGAGAAUA